UCUAUAGAUAUUAUUUUCCACAUUAUGAAAAGUCUAAAACAUGGAAAAUUCUAGUGUGAGAAACUACUUGGUAAUUGCCAUGUGAAAUUUCAGGGAAACUAGUAUUUAAUUAAUUGUUAAAUUCAUUUAGCUACAUCCAGUAGUAGCCAGUAGCCACACACUCAGAAAUGGCGCCAAGUAGUGAUACAGAUGAUAGCAACGACGCCGUUUCAUCUGAUCCACUUACGGAGGAAACAACCGCCACCAAGAGGCAGCGUUUGAACUCCUCCACCGGAACCCUAAUUUCGCCGGCACCAUCUUCUUCCGAAGAUUCCGUUCACGCGACGAUGCAACUUCCCACUCUUCCGUUCGAGAUUAUGGUAGAAAUUCUAUCCAGGCUUCCCGUGAAGUUCCUCGUGCAACUCCAAUCCGUCUGUAAGUCCUGGAAAUCUCUCAUCUCCGAUCCCAAAUUCGCCAAGAAGCACCUCCGUGUGUCAACAACGCGCCACCAUCUCCUCCUAAUCUACGCCAACCCCUCUCGCGAGUUUGCUCUUGCGGCUUAUCCUCUCGCUUCCGUCUUCACCGAAGUGACAGCCACCGCCACACAGCUAGAGUACCCUCUGAACAAUCGAAUUGAACAAAUUGUUGACUCUUGCCACGGUAUCCUCUGUUUCGCACUCGAUCAACAUUUCGCUCUACUGUGGAAUCCUUCCAUUAGGAAAUUUACACAAUUGCCCUCUUUGGAUAAUCCAAAACGAAAGGAGAGUUACACAAUAUAUGGAUUUGGCUAUGAUCAUGUCAAUGACAGUUACAAGGUGGUGGCUGUUUGGUGCUAUGAAUCUGAUGAUGGCAGUUACAAAACUCAAGUGAAGGUUCAUGCUUUGGGUACCAAUGCUUGGAGAAGGAUUCAGGAUUUCCCUUUGGGUGUCCCUUUCGAAUACUCAGGAAAAUUCGUCAGUGGAACUAUUAAUUGGUUGGCAUCUAGAGAUUCAUAUUCUUCAUGGGUCAUUGUUUCUCUUGAUUUGGAGAAGGAAUCUUAUCAAGAGUUUUUGCAGCCUGAUUAUGGAGGGGUGACUGUGGUUACUAUAUCUUUAGGGGUCUUGAGGGAUUGCUUGUGCAUACUUUCUCAUAGUGAUACUUUUUCAGAUGUUUGGCUUAUGACGGAGUAUGGAAAUAAAGAUUCUUGGACUAAAUUAUUCCAUGUUCCUUACAUGGGAGAUGUUGGGUCUUGUCCUUAUACCAAGGCACUUUAUGUUUCCGAGGAUGAAAAGGUACUGCUGGGGUGUCAGUCUGCUGGGUCUGGGUUGGUUGUUUACAAUGCAAGAGAUGGUAUUUUUAAACCUCUUGGAAUUCAAAAUAUCAAUGGUUGGAUGGUUCGUAAAAUCUAUCAAGAGAGUUUGAUAUCACCUUGUUCUUAAUAAUUGAUUGUAUGUAUUAAUGUAGAUGCUAUGUUAUGUAAUAGACCCUUUAAGAGAAAGGGACCCAAAUGGAGAGGGGAAGUGCUGAGUUGGCAAGUUGGUUAUCGAGAGUGGGGAAGUUACACAUGACGGAGAGUAUAUAUAUGAGGUGUGUGGAGAGUAUAUAUAUGAGGUGUGUGAGAGGAAAAUAGUGGGGCAUUGAGUAUCAUUUUGUACUAGAGCCUUAGGGUUGGGCAAAGGGAGAAUUUCUUCUUCCUUUGAGGAGCUUUGCUCAGGGAUUAUAGGGAAUUUAUUCUCUAUAAUGUUAGCCUUUUAUCAUAUAAGUACUUUUCUAUUAUCAUUAUCAUUAUGUCACUGGUGUAUGAGGUUUAUGAAGAACCCAUCUACUGGAUUCUUCAACUCCCUGACUACAAACUGUAUGUUAAUUUCUGUUUGUUAUAUACGUUGUGUUUGCUGAUUA